GGGAGCCCGCGGCCGGCCGGCGGCGAGGCGCUCUAGGCCGCGCGGCUUCGUCUCUAUGACCCCGGGAGGCGGUUCCGGGCGCCCUCGGCGCGCGCGGAGGGCUUGCGGGUCAGUUCCGCGCGGCGCGGUCGGGAACCAUGGCCGCCCCAAGAGAAAAUGUCAAUUUAUUAUUCAAGCUAUACUGCUUGGCAGUGAUGACCCUGGUGGCCGCAGCUUACACCGUAGCUUUAAGAUACACAAGGACAUCAGACAAAGAACUCUACUUUUCAACUACAGCCGUGUGUAUCACAGAGGUGAUAAAGUUAUUGCUAAGUGUGGGCAUUUUAGCUAAAGAAACUGGUAAUCUGGGUAGAUUCAAGGCAUCUUUAAGAGAGAAUGUCUUGGGGAGCCCCAAGGAGCUGAUGAAGUUGAGUGUGCCUUCCUUGGUGUACGCUGUCCAGAACAACAUGGCUUUCCUAGCUCUUAGCAACCUGGAUGCGGCGGUGUACCAGGUGACGUACCAGCUGAAGAUUCCCUGCACUGCUCUCUGUACUGUUUUAAUGUUAAACCGGACGCUCAGCAAGCUGCAGUGGAUUUCAGUGUUUAUGCUGUGUGGGGGAGUCACACUUGUACAGUGGAAACCAGCCCAAGCCACCAAGGUCGUGGUGGAACAGAAUCCACUGUUAGGAUUUGGCGCUAUAGCUAUUGCUGUAUUGUGCUCAGGAUUUGCAGGAGUAUAUUUUGAAAAAGUUUUAAAGAGUUCAGACACUUCCCUUUGGGUGAGAAACAUUCAGAUGUAUCUAUCGGGGAUUGUUGUGACAUUAGUUGGCGUCUACUUGUCAGACGGAGCUGAAAUUAAAGAAAAAGGAUUUUUCUUUGGUUACACAUAUUAUGUCUGGUUUGUCAUCUUGCUUGCCAGCGUUGGAGGCCUCUACACGUCCAUUGUGGUCAAAUACACAGACAACAUCAUGAAAGGCUUUUCUGCGGCAGCUGCCAUUGUCCUUUCUACCGUUGCUUCAGUGAUGCUGUUCGGGUUACAGAUAACACUCACCUUUGCUCUGGGUACACUUCUUGUCUGUGUCUCUAUAUAUCUCUAUGGAUUACCCAGACAAGACACUACGUCCAUCCAACAAGGAGAAACAGAUUCAAAAGAGAGAGUCAUCGGUGUGUGACGUUAGCCUCAAAAGAGAUUCCUACUAAGACUAAACCAUUUAUAUUAAACUAGAGCCUUAAGUCAAUUUCAGAAGGUAGAUUUAAAAAACAAAAACUGGUCUAAGAAUUAAGAAGAAAGCUAUGUGAAUGAGUUUUAAUGUGACCUGUUUGGAAUCAACCUGUUUUAAGAAUGAAGGAUUUUUAUUAUUGUAUAUAUAACAAUGUACAUACAAUAGUAUGGAGACGAUGUGGUGUUUUAAAAAAAAAUCAUGCGAGGCUGCAAUAUUUGAUUAGUGAGGUCUGGGGUUAUGUUACAGGUUAAAGUGCCAAAGCCGUCUCUGCACUAACUGUUCUCUUGUUCAGGUACCAGGGGAGAAGGGUUGACCCCUCCUUAUUCUCCAAGCAUGUACAGUCUUUAGUCCCCGCAGCAGUGAAGACCGAGCUCUUUUCUUACAAAAGGGAGGCAAAAACAAGACAGGCUAGUUCAGAAACAGACUGACUGUGUAACUUCUCAAACUGAAUCUAUCUAGAAACUCAGACAGUGACGUAUGGGUGGUGACUGAAUGCCCCUUUAAGUGCUGGCUCUGUGCCAUUCAUUGUCUGGACUCGUAUUUCUUUGCUAUUAAGGAUAUACUUUUCUUCAAAAAAUAUUUCUAAUGUCACUUUUGUACUUUUUUAAAUAAAGUAUGUAACUGUUGGGCUCUCGAUAAUUUGUGAAAUUUCAGUGUUUUUUAAAAAAAAUUUCUAUGAUAUGGGAAAAUUCAGCAAUAAACUUAAUUUAUUAUAUGAAA